AUGGCUUUUGUCGCUGCACUAAUUUUUCUUCUCCCUGCCUCAUGGGCUUGUAUUCCACAAAAAGCUGAUUAUGUUAUGAUUUCCUGUUUUCCAAAUGCCAUCAUUGCAAAUGUGCCGGAGUGCCCAUACGGAUGGGAAAUAGGACAGCUGUCUUUGGGUGGUGUGUGCUACACAGGGGUCAAUACUCCUGGCUUCUACCGCUUUACCAUUCCUGAUCUCACACCCAAGAAUCUCUCGUACUGUGCCACCCUGUCUGAGUAUGUUGGAGGCAAAGACCCAAAGUACAUUUUCUACAACUCUGUAGUCUCCAAUGACUCAUCACUAACAGUGCGGAACCAGCCGGUGAACUACACCUUUAGCUGCACGUACAGGGCAGCUUACUUGGUCAACAAUGCAGUCUUCAGUCAAAGAGUGGCAACGGUUUAUGUCAACAAUGGGAGUUUAGGUUCUUUUAAGUCUCAAUUGUCUAUGAACGUGUUCACAAACUCUAAGUUCCUGUAUGCUAAAGAUGCUCCAUAUGUGAUUGACACCUCGGAAAUUGGCUCGGAGGUCUUCAUCGGCAUCGAAGCGAAAGGACUGAGUAAUAGGUUUAAGGUGGUUAUAACAAAUUGCUGGGCAACACCUACUCCUUAUUCAACAGACAAGAAGAGAUGGAGCUUAAUUCUCAAUAGCUGUUCGUCAGAUAACACUGUGACCAUAUUUGAGAACGCCAAAGACAGCCGCUCAAUGUUCAAGUUCAAUUCAUUCCGGUUUCAGCGACUAGAGAAAGUGUCCACUGUGUGGCUUCACUGCGAGGUUCAAGUGUGUGAUGGCGAAAAGCUCUACUGUCAGCCGACUCCAUGUACAUCAAGGAGUGUCAAAUCUGAACCAGAUCCACAUGGAGGCAUCUUGACAAUGGAGUUUCAAAUUAAAGCACAACAUUCUUCCAGUUAUACACAUCUUGCAGGAACUUUUCUGAGCAUGUUGUGUGUGUUUCUGCUUAAUGCAGUUUUGCAUUAUACCAGUUUGUAA